AUGGCAUCAUCUCAUUCUGAAUUAUUCGGCCUCGAAGGUCAAAAACGUCCCUCAACCACGGCCGGAGCAGGAGCAGGAUCAGGCAUCAUUGGCACAAGUGGACAUAGUGGUGCGGCCAACAGAAUGGUCGACACCUCCCAGUUAGGCCCAGGAGAGAUGGGAGAUGACAAAAAGGUAGCGGGCAUGUCAACAGGAAGCAAAGAGAACAAUCUUCCAGGAAGCGGUGGCAGUCUUCUUCCCUCUCAAGGAAGCGGCAAUGUGGUCGACAAGAACGAUAAUCAAGGGGAAAGGAAGAGGAGUAUCGUGGACAAGUUGAAUCCUUUGAAGUAG